AUUUGACAGGCAAAACAGAAUUCUUGAUCACAGACUAAUUUAUCAUUAAAGUGACUUCACGGAACCGCGAAAAAAACAUACCUAACCCAAGUGAGCGAACAAUAUCUAGUGUCACCACCACAGCAGUCACCACCUUAGUUAACAUUUACCCUUCUCACGUCAAUUAAGCAAAAUGUUAAUCCAAAAAAACAUCUCGUUGAAUUUGCAGACGUUUAUAAAUGAGCCCAUGAGUAAACAGUUGAUUUCAUGGGCUCAUUUUGGAACUCCACAGUUCAAUUCUGAACCUGUUUUGCUUAGCUUAACGUUUGAGUUUCAAUUUCUGUACGGUCUCUCUUUAGUUAUAGUGCAACAUUGCUGUCUUGUCAUGUCUGCCACCAUCUUUGGGAAUUUCUUGCUCUACCUGUCUGGCCUGCAGGGGCUGUCUGUUGGCGAAUGGUUUCACGACUCGUUGGUCUACUGCCUCGCCUGUUUUUUGUCGUCCACUGGCGUGCAACCAAAUGGCUUUUUCACACACGUUUGGACAUAAAAGGAAAAGAAAUGAUAUCUCAGAUAUCAGAGGUGACGUUACGAAAUCAAGGAAAUUGGACGAAAACACACGGGAGACAGAAUUAAAUGUACAGCCUCAGGAAUCUAAGGGCAUUCCCCGUCUGGCGCUGUCCUGUGACGAUAUCCAGGAACCUAUCACACAGAAACAGCUAACAGAAUUAGUUCUGUUUGCUUCCUUGGGAAUGAAACAACCAUGUUGGUGUCAUCUGGAUAACCAGAAGAAUGUGUCUGGAGUCAGUGUUACUGUUUUAGAAGGUCUCGGACAACUCCAUUUUUACAGAUAUUACCUACAAUUCAAAAAUCUCAGAAAGCGGUACAGAAUUAGAUGCAGUUUUCUGAAUUCUUCUGGAGCUUCCCCUGUGUUGUCAGAUAUAUUCAAUGCUGAGCUGGGAAUUUCUGAAAGUACUGGUCCAAUACUUGUUGGAAGUGACCCUGUAUCCAAAAACAACUUUGAACAUCAGGAAGGAAAUCGAAACUGGCACCCCAUUAUACACAAAUAUGGCACAGAAACACAGGGUCUCACCAGGUACUUGUUAAGCACUGAGGAGAUGGGCAGAAAAGCCUUCCCCUUGAAGGGAGAUCCCAGCUGUGAAUCAUUUCUGUGCACCGAGAGUGAUGAAUGUGUCACAGACAGCAGCCCCCUCUAUGGACUCGACUGUGAAAUGUGUUUGACAGAGCGUGGAAAUGAGCUGGCGCGCGUCUCCCUGGUGGACAGUGAGGGCCGCUGUCUGCUGGAUGAGCUGGUAAAGCCAGAGAGCCGAAUCCUGGACUACUGCACAAGGUAUUCAGGAAUAACAAAAGCGUUGCUGAGACCGGUAAGGACGAGGUUGAAGGAUGUCCAGGCCAAGCUGAAAGAAGUUUUGCCCCGAGAUGCUGUGCUCGUCGGCCACUCUCUCAACAAUGACCUGAAUGCUUUAAAUGUGAUCCAUCCUCAUGUCAUUGACACCUCACUUCUUUACAGAAGGGAAUCUGGCCAGAGAUUUAAACUGAAGUUUUUGGCAGAGGUUGUAUUGAACAAGAAGAUCCAGUGUGCAGAGAAGAAUGGGCACAAUCCCACAGAGGAUGCUCUGGCUGCCUUGCAGCUGGCUCAGUACUUCAUCAGCAGAGGCCCCAGAAAGGUUGUCGAGUUAAAUUUGGAUGGAAUGUGGCAAGAAUAUAGCAGAGUAAAUGCAACCCCCGUGAACGGGUCUAAACGCGGUCCGGCCCCACCUCCGAGUAAGAUCAGGUUCGGAGAUGCCCUCCAGGUUACAGGUCGCUCAGCAGUUUAUAUCGCCAGAGCUUCAGGGAGUGAUACGUCACGGGCCGCCAAGCAAUUGAAGUGCAACUCGGAUCAAGAGGUCCUGUCCUCCUUCAAAAGGGAGAUACCAUCAUGCUUUUUCACCUUGGUUGAAUUCUAUUCCUUUGCAGAGAAAACAAGAACCUUGUCUGACGACAAUAAAUAUGAUCACCUUUAUCAGAAGAUGCUUGCCCGGCAGAGAGAGAUGUGCACUGUGUACGUGGGGCCUUUACCCAAGGACUGUAGUGAGAAGUCUGUGAGGAAGCUGUUUCGGCGUUGCGGACCCAUUCACUCUCUGAGGCUGACGAACGUAACACAGAGAACCCAUGCGGUUGUAGUAUUUGAAUUGCUGGAGGGAGCUUUCCUGGCUGUGAACUCACUCCAGGACCUCAUGCUGGAUGGGUGCUCUGUUAAGGUUCUGAGGCCUGUCCAGGAGUCCACACUGGAUUUGGAGGUGUUUCUGGGGGAACUGGAGAGGGAUUUGGAGAAGGAAAAUGUCAUCUAUGUCUCAGGAGUGUCUGAAAAAGACCUUCACCAGGUUUUCUCCCAGUUCGGCCCCAUCGAGCGUGUGGUCCUGCCCAGGAAGCCCACCUCGGGAAAGUUCAGGAAGCACGCUUUCAUAAAGUAUCAGAAUGCAGAGAGUGUAGAGGCUGCCUUGCGUUCAUCCGCAGAAUGCAAUGGCGGAAAAAUGAGGGUGUGCAAAGCAAUGACUCCGCCUCACCUGUGCUCAUGGACCGGCCAGACAUAUCAGUCUGUGGAGUGCGACUCAGGAGAAUGCAAAUCCACAGAAUCUGAAGAACGAGACUGCUCUGAUCAGCAGCUGUGUCAUGAGAGUGAAAUGAAAGACCUGAUGAGAAAACUUGACAGCAAAGUGGGGAAACUGUUCAAGGCUCUCCCGGAUAAGGCCCUCAGUAUAAUUCUUCUUCCUGGGCAGACAAGGACCAGUGAGCAUUUCCCGGGUCUGUGUUUGAUCGGGGUGAAAAAUGGUUCUUCCAUGUGACCGAAGAAGAAUUCCACGAUUUCAGCAGGAAUGGGACCAUUGACUAGCAGUAGCAUGCAUCAAUGCUUUGCUAGUGCAAUAACUUAUUUUGGUUUUCAUAUUUUACUUAUUUUACCAAAUCUUUUCCUGCAGUACUGUGAUCAUACUGUGUCCUAAUUCUUUGCACAGUUUUAACAGUAAAAUAAAUUAUGUUUCAUAUC